CGCGGGGUAGGGCGGGAGAGACCGGCAGGAGAGGGACGCCCGGGAGCCGCGCGGCUCAGGUACCCGCUGACGCGCCGUCAGAAAGUUGCGCUCGGACCUUCUCCAGCCUCCUACUUUCUUCCCGGGCCCGGCUGUUGAGUUGGAGCCGGGCGGGGAGGAGCCAGGCCGAGACCUGCGAGCGGCCGCCGGCCAGGGCGCGGAGCGGACUGUCGGGACCCGGCGAGGAGCCCGCUGCCCCUUCCUCGAGGUAGCCAGCGCGGGUGGCGGUGCCCAGGACCGCGGCACAAACUUUCUGGAUUGUUCCCGGACAGUCCUAGAGAGCCCGGCACCGCGCGGCGAGGAGGAGCCGCGGCCGCUGACAGAUUUUGGAAGUCUUCUGGGAGUUGCCAGCAGUGCCAAGUGUUGGAGCAGUCUUCUCUGCCCCUCUGAUAGACUGAAGUGAGCAGAUACAACCCAGCAGAAGGCUGUGCAAGAGAGCAGUCAUAGGUUUUGGAAGGUGACAAUGAAAUGUGAAGAAGUUACAUUUCUACUGUGAUACUUGAAAGUUAGUGACCGCUUACCAAAUUUUCGUGAAAAUUAAAUAUGACUUAGAAGCACUUGGCUUAUGAAGGCUUAUGAUGUCAUCGGUUGCGACAGAAGGCAAACUCCAGCAGGCUGUGAGCCUGCAGGGAGUUGACCCAGAAACGUGCAUGAUUGUAUUUAAAAACCACUGGACGCAGGUUGUGAAAAUUUUAGAGAAACACGACCCCUUGAAGAACACCCAGGCAAAAUAUGGGUCCAUCCCUCCAGAUGAGGCCAGUGCUGUGCAGAAUUAUGUAGAACACAUGCUCUUCUUGCUGAUUGAAGAGCAAGCCAAGGAUGCUGCCAUGGGGCCAAUCCUGGAACUUGUGGUCUCUGAGAACAUUAUGGAAAAACUCUUCCUCUGGAGCUUGAGGCGGGAGUUUACGGAUGAGACGAAGAUGGAGCAGCUGAAGAUGUAUGAGAUGUUGGUCACCCAGGCGCACCAGCCUCUGCUGCGCCACAAGCCCAUUCUGAGGCCCCUGAUGAUGCUGCUGAGCUCUUGUUCCGGAACAACCACCCCCACUGUGGAGGGGAAGCUGGUCGUCCUGCUCAGCCAGCUCUGUUCUAUUCUUGCCAAAGAUCCAUCCAUUCUGGAGCUCUUCUUCCACACUAGUGAGGACCAGGGGGCAGCCAACUUCCUCAUCUUCUCCCUUCUAAUCCCCUUUAUUCACCGGGAGGGGGCAGUGGGCCAGCAGGCCCGGGAUGCUUUGCUCUUCAUCAUGUCUCUCUCUGCUGAGAACAGCAUGGUGGCCCGUCACAUUGUGGACAACACCUACUUUUGUCCGGUGCUUGCAACUGGGCUCAGUGGUCUCUACUCUUCCCUGCCUACGAAGCUAGAAGAGAAAGGCGAGGAAUGGCACUGCCUCCUGAAAGACGACUGGCUCCUGCUGCCACCCCUCGUCCAGUUCAUGAACUCCCUGGAGUUCUGCAAUGCCGUCAUUCAGGUGGCUCACCCCUUGAUUCGUAAUCAGCUUGUCAGUUACAUUUACAAUGGAUUCUUGGUCCCAGUCUUGGCUCCUGCUCUCCAUAAGGUGACUGUGGAGGAGGUCAUGACCACAACUGCAUAUCUGGACCUUUUCCUGCGGAGCAUCUCUGAGCCAGCUCUACUUGAGAUCUUCCUCCGUUUUAUCCUGUUGCACCAGCACGAGAACGUCCACAUCCUAGAUACUCUCACGAGCAGAAUCAACACCCCAUUUCGGCUUUGUGUGGUGUCCCUGGCAUUAUUUAGAACUCUCAUCGGUUUACAUUGUGAAGAUGUGAUGUUACAGCUAGUUCUAAGGUAUCUGAUCCCUUGCAAUCACAUGAUGCUGAGUCAGCGGUGGGCCGUGAAGGAGAGAGACUGUUACUCCGUUUCUGCGGCCAAGCUGCUUGCCUUGACCCCCGUCUGCUGCUCCAGCGGGAUCACCUUGACACUUGGGAACCAGGAGAGGGAUUAUAUUCUCUGGUCAAAGUGCACACAUGAUAAUCCAGGGCCCACGGAGCAGCCGCUGCCCGAGGCCUUCCCGCCGUCGGCCUGCAUCGUGGAGUACGGCAAAGCCCUGGACAUCAGCUACCUGCAGUACCUGUGGGAGGCCCACACCAACAUCCUCCGCUGCAUGCGGGACUGCCACGUGUGGUCCGCCCUGUACGACGGGGACUCCCCCGACCCCGAGGCGCUUUGCCUGAGUCUGCCGGCUCCGUCCGAGGAGAGGGCUCCGAGCUCCGCCCACGCCGCGCUCGGGCUCCCGCAGCCACGCCCCCGGAAGAUGGGGCCCCCGCGGGCUCCCGGAAAGGAGAAGAGCCACACGGAGCUGGAGUGGGACGACAGCUACGACACCGGGAUCUCCUCGGGGGCGGAUGCGGGCUCCCCGGGGCCCUACGAGGAUGCGGAGAGCUCGGGCCCCCCCGCCCCGGUCGACCCCCCCAGACAUAUCCAGGAGAUGAAGAAGAACGCCAUCCUGCUCUUCAAAGGCGCCUACAUCGAGGAGUCCGACUUUCAGGAUGACGUGAUGGUGUACAGGCUGUGUGCCGAGAAGGACGCGGAGGACACCAGGAGCUCACGGGAGGACCCUGAGGGACCCCCAACCCCAGCCCAGACCGCAGUCCAGAGCCCGCCUGUGAACAACGGCCCCCUGCCCGGCCCUCAGCCAGAGUCAGAGUCAGAGUCAGAGUCAGAGGAGGAACAGAAUAGGGAUGAUUCGGACGAGGUUCACAGUGUGUCCAGGGAACCGGAACCAGAGAAAGAGCCCGAAGUUGCCCUAGAACCGGACUCCGAGGUAGCAGCCCCCACCUCCAGGGCUGAGCAGGGUGCGCACCCGACGGUGACUAACCCCGAGGGUGAAGACUUCAUUGCCCAGUAUGACCAGAUCAUUAAGGAACUGGAUUCUGGCACCGAGGGCUUUUUGGAGCAGAGUUUCUCCACACCUGAUCCCUUGCCUCUCACAAAAGAGCCUGAUGGGGAGGGAGAGGAGAGCAAAGGAGGAGAGGAGGAGGGAGAGGAGGAAGGGAGGAAGGAGCCGGAAGAGGAGGAGGAGGAUGACUUCGAGGCUUUCAUAUCUGAGACUCCUGCCGCAGAGACCCAGCCGUCCCCAUUUGGGGCCAGAGAUGAAGCUGCCUUUGCCAGUCAGCGUCCUGCGAGGACUCAGAGCACGCCGUUUACAGGCCCGUUCAUCAGUGUGGUCCUCUCCAAGCUGGAGAACAUGCUGGACAACUCCUUGCACGUAAACUUGCUGCUUAUUGGCAUCAUCACUCAGCUGGCCAGCUACCCGCAGCCCCUCCUGCGCUCCUUUCUGCUCAACACCAACAUGGUCUUCCAGCCCAGCGUCCGCUCCCUUUACCAGGUCCUCGCAUCUGUGAAAAACAAGAUCGAGCAGUUUGCUUCCGUGGAGAGAGACUUCCCAGGCCUCCUCAUCCAAGCCCAGCAGUACCUGCUCUUCCGCGUGGACGUGUCCGACCCGAGCCCCGAGGCACUGACCAAAGAUCCCAUUCAGGACGCCUCCAGGACAGGAGGUGGCAAGAACUUUCUGGAUGGCCCCCCGAGAGUGCUUCAGCCCUUCCUGACACACAGAACCAGGGUGGCCGGGGCGCCCCCGAGCCUGCCGCCGCCGGUGAGGAACGCCAUGCUGGCCGCCGCCCUCUUCCCCGAGUUCCUGAAGGAGCUGGCGGCCUUGGCCCAGGAGCACUCCAUCCUGUGCUGCAGGGUCCUGGGCGACCUGGAGGACUCCUGCUGUUAGCUAUUUUUUUUAAGAGAUUCUUGUUUUUUAAGGUUUUAGUAUCUCGACUGAAUGUUAAAUGCAAAGCUGCUUACAAAACUUUCUACUUGGAGACUUCCUGACGAUACUUGAUUGGUGGGGAGGGGGUUUCCUGGGCAUCUCCUCUCUCGCCAGCCGGGUCUUCCCACCUCCUGUCCCUAGAAUGUACGUCUCAGAAGCAGGGUGCUCCUUUGGCAGGUCUUGGCUGCUGUCCCUCCUCAGAGGUUUUGGUCCUUCUCUCAUCCCUCUGAGUCACUCAGUUUGCAGCUGAGGCCACACCAGGCGCAUCCUGGGGCUCGGUGAUGUCUGGAAGUGCCUGUGAAGAAGGCACGCCUGCUCCAGUGGCCUGCUGCCUUCUGGCUUCCGUUUUAUAAAAGGGAAGAAUGAAGAUGGAGCGCCUCCUGUCUCCAUCACAGGCACAGAUCGUACGUCCCUUUGCAUUUUACUUCCAAGACUUGUAUUCCGCCCACCAUGUGUUGCCUUAUGGUGCGGGCUCGUCCACCGGUCCUAGCGCUCUGCCUGGGAAGUCAGAUGCAGCUGGAGAGAAUUUGGAACGCAGGGAAAUGUUCUUGUUGCUUGAGAGCUUUCUGUACUCAGAACAUCACUACCUAAACACUGAAAAUAGCCUUAUCUUAGUCAGAUUUGCACAAAAUGAAAUAUAUCUAUGCAAACCCUACUUUGGUUUUAAGGACUUUGAUCGAUCUGAUGAAGAAAGCAUGGUGUCAUAUGCUUAUGUGAGAAGACAACCAUCAUUAUUUUUUAAAGUGUUUUAUGGAAAACAGACAAUUAUUUGUUAAACUAUUUCAUAGUGGGGUUUUCUGGGGGCGUUUGGAGUGGGGAAAGGGAUAGAGGUAAACAAUACAAUCUGUACAAACAUCAGUAAUUAUUUUAAAUUCUCUGCUUUUUCUAAUAUGUUGCACUUUGUAGAGAAACAGGAACUGUGCAGCCACUCUGGGGACAGGGAUGUCAAGGAAACAGGUCGCAGGGAGCGCUGCCAAGCCGAGUGCCUGCUGGGGACGCGCUCCGCGCGGGAACGCUGCCUCCUGAGUAACGGGGCUCAUUAGGAGGCCCCACCGUGAUGUAUUAGCGCCUCUGCCGCCCUGCAGCCUGCUCCAAGGGCAUAAUUAUACUGAGGGCCACAGUCUCCUUAGGCCACCGAGAGGGGGAAACACACAAAAUAAUUGUGGGAUAAAAAAAGACCAUAAACAACUGAUACGUGUGGAUUUCGGAUGCCACUUGUCUCUCUCGUGGGCAGGUGAGAAGCACAGAACUGGGAUGAGCCUGCCUGUUGAGGGGACCUGGAAGCCCCCGCUGUCCCUGCUCUCUGUGGGCAGCGUUGCUGAGCCCCGGGGGCAGCCGCAGGUCUGCUGGUUGGGCCUCAGGAGCACAGGUUUGGUUUUCAUCAGGACCUAGUGCAGGAGGGACAUGGAGGAAAGAACCGUAGCCGAGACGCUGCGGAGCAGAGGCUGCCUUUUGUGCGUCAGGGAUCUGGAGGCAGCUUUGUAAGGAGAGGGAGCGAGCCAGCGCCUGGAUCGGAGCCCUGGGGGACCUGGCCGGGGCUGGGCGGCUCUCGGGAGGCAGCCUCGCAGUGUUUCUGAGUCUCAGCAAGAAGCCAAAUGUUCCAGUGCGCUGUACCUUUCUGACUUCAAGUUUGUCUGCCUUCAAAAUUGGUUUGCCAGGCCGUGGUGCAGCAGCCAGGACGCAUGGGGCCCGGGGACCAGCCUGCCCUCAGCUUCCCCGGCGCCCGCCUGUAUUUGCACAAAUCUGUCGGAAAUGAGGUUGGUGUAAGGAAGCGAUCGGGAGAGGGGAGCAGAAAGAUGGAGCUUCAGCUGCAAUUGAUUAUCCUCCAACUUUGUUUCACACAAGUACUUACCUCCCUGUUUGGACUUCCCAGGUAUAUAAGAUGCUGAAGUCACAUCUGGAAGCUGUGUUCUUCAGCUUUCUGGUCUGAUUCACACGUCCCUCCACUAUUUGGUGACAGUGUUGAUUCUUCUUCUUGAGUCCAUGUUGCUUUACUUAGAACAGCGAAGUCCCCUUUGUGGAAGGUGCCCUUAGGGAAAAGUAUGUUUUCGAAGUAGGUACUGAAGUAGACUUGCUGUAAGGACAGAGUUGUCCAGGGUGAGAGGCAGGAAAAUGAACUCCUGAGGUGGGGUGCAGGCAGCUGACUCAAUGCUAACCCUCUGGAACUGGACACUGGUUCAGGUUUCCAAAUGCGCUGCCGCCCUCUGCCAGAGGACUGUGUCCAGGGCUUUUCAGAAUGGGGAAUACACAAUCGGGAACCAGUGAACGCACGCAGUCGAGGGAAACAGCCGGGCAGGUUAGGUGGGGACGGGUUGGGGGCGGUGUGGUCCUGCCAGACGAGAAACAGCAGAAACCUGAAGCUGAAAGGAGAGCAGCAAGUCCCGGGGGGCUGGAGGGAUGGACGUGGAUCCAGGCAGAUGAGAAGACCCCGUACAGCAGGUGGGUGGUGACGGGAAUUCCGUGGUGGGUAAAAUCAUGGUAAUGAAGUAGAAUAUUCUAGUCACAAAUGGGUGAUGCCCUUGGAAAAAUCUUUUGUAAUGAGUUGGGGGGAAAUACUGAGUGAUACUUGGCAUGCUUUACAACGUCCAAGGGUGUGGCCACUUUUCCACGUGACAGACUCACGUGUAAGACGCUGCGCUAUUGGUUGGAGGGGACACAGUGCAGCCCCUGAGGCUGGCGUCACUGUCUCAAGCCUGAUGGUCCUGGGCAGUGAGGGUGAGUCAAGGGUUCCUGGAACAUCCAUCUUUAACCUUGAUUCCUAAUUCAGGGUCUGAGGUCAGGUUCUAGGAGUGAAUUUUGUGGUUCAGGGUAUAUGAGAGCACUGGGAUACUUGAAAUUGAUUUUUGGAAAUGACCAAGUAAAUGUUUUUAAAAUUUUAAAGAGAUUCCAGGUUGAGUUUAGUCUAAAAUACAAUUUCAUGGAGUAAAUUAGUUUCCCAGACAUGAAAUGGGAGUGCUGGAGUAACCAAUCAGAGCUGUGACUGUAUUAACAGAUACUGCCUAACCCUGGUAUUUAGAGGAAUUAUGAAGUGGUCCCCAUUUUACUUAGUCUUAUUUUGGAAAAUACUUUGACUUGCUGGGGGUUUGGAAUCGAUGUCUCCGUCAUGUUUAGGGAUGAGGUAUUCAGUUCUUCUGCGGGUCUUGAGGGGUCCUUUUUCCUCAACAAGUGGUUUCUGUUUAGAUCUGAUGUAGUUACUGAUUUUUCAGUCCAUUAAGACAUCCUGGGGCCAGGGUGUUGUCAGAGAGCACCCUCUUUGGAGCAGAGUCUAGAGCUGGACGUGUGCAUGUUUGGGCUGCCUGUUCAAUUGGGGCAGCUCGUGGUAUGAGGGGUUGAAAGUCGUUUUUGCUGUCUCGGAAUCAGCUUGGUUGCAGCAGUCAAUGCUGGUGGAUUUUCAGAUGGGUUUAGAGGUUUAGGGUUGCGGAUGGGCUGCCUGCUCUGAAUGUAUCAGGGUGUCUAGACUGCCUUCCUGUGGGAAGUGCUGCCCUGGGGUGGGGGGUGGGGACGUGUUGCUGGUGUGAUGCUGAAUGUCCACAGCGCCCACAGCUCCCAUGGAGGGGUGGGCGGUUCAGCAUAAUUGCUCAUCACCAGCCUGUGUUUACCGAGAUGGCUGUCAGCCCUGCCGUUCUCAUGCAGCUUCACCGCAGGACACUUAGUACCGUGCGUGCCGCUGGGAGUCGCCGGCCGGGCCGGUGCAGUCCGUGGCUCCCAUGCGUCUCGGGCAGCUCUGCAGCGUAAGCUCCUCCUAGACACGGCAGCCUCUGCGGCUGAGGCCACAUCUGCUGUCAGUCAUUAGGAAGAUGUUCUCACUUCAACCAUGUAAACCACACAGCACUGAUUCUCCAUCAAAGCGCAGCUUAAAACAGGCCACAGGCAGACUAGUUUAUACUCCAUUCUUAAAUCAUGUCAUGGAGGAAACAUUUUAAGAGAAUGGAGUUGACUUUUUUCCCUUUCUUUGAAUGACCAUCAUAAACCUAAGGCUUUGGAAAGAGCUCUUGGAAGACUAAGCGGUUUUCGGGAUAAUUUUGCCGUGUUCAGGUGUUCAUUUGGCCAGUACUUGCUUUGGAGGACAGAUUAUCCUGGCAGCUCAUUAACUGGACAAACAGGGCUUGAGGGAAAGGUUUCUGGUGAUGUUCUGUAGGGACCAGAAGGACAGGAACGAAGCUCUUCGGCUUCUGCAUGAGGCACCCAGGGCAGGGCCUGAUUUGAGCGGGAGGCCCCUCCCUGCCCAGCUGUCAUUGUAGAUUUUGCUCCUGUCUCACAGCUCGUGAGUAAAUCUGACCCACUGUCACCCACACAAGCACUGGGGACAAGUCUAGAAAAGGCCCAGCUAUAAGGCUCCAUUCUGCCCCGCAGCUGUUUAACAAGAGAGAAUUUGGUGUUGACAAUGCUACUUAGACGAUCUUUGCUAAGCUGUCUGACUAUGGGAGACAGCGAGGGUGGACCACCAACCAGACGUUUGCCAUCUCACCAUCAAGUGUCCACUCUGUUCACAGAUAACCCACCAGUGCAUUUGUCUAAAAUCCACUGAAGAGGCACGGCCACCAUUUCCAUGCUGCUUUUGUUAGUGGGUGGAUAACAGGGCCUUUCAGAUAGACUUAGUGGCUUCUUCCAAAUACUAUGUGGAAUCCUUGAACAGAUGCAGCUACGUUGAGUAGACAUGAAAAGGACAGCACAGUUUGUGGGUCAUGGCCAUACGCUAUGUACUGAAUUAACCAACCAACUCUAGGAGGGUGUUUACUUUAAAAAAAAAUUGAUAGCCUUCUUCCAGAUUAGUGAUAAUUACAAAAACAGGGGGCGUGGGAGGAGCCCAGCAAAAACACCCUUGAUGUAAAUGAUGGUGAGUUUUUUCCCUAAAAGAUGGGAACAGACGUUCACCUUGAUGUACGAGCCUGGACCGAAUCAAGAAGCUCCGUCCUAGACCCAGACAUCUGGAACUUAAAAGCCUCGUGGUUGGCGGCACCCACUUCUCACACUCGUAUAAGGGGCUCCUCGUCCAUUGAUUUUGUUUUGUAAACUUUUACAAAAACUUACUCUAUGCUGGAAGCAUGCUGGGUGUUAAGGCUGCCACUCCAUCCCUCCCAGCAGAACCAUCCAACCCCUCAGCCGACCUCCUGCUCAAGCAACACCACACACGGUCUGAGCCUGACCACGCGGAGCUGGUCCGGGCUCCCCUGGGGAGCACCAGUUUCCAGCACGUCCCCUCCCAGCCUGCAGGUGCGUGGAUUCCAGUGACAGAUGACAGCGGCUUCACCUGUGGUGCCAACUCAUCCAUUUUAAGGAGAUUUCCCCAGAAAAGCAGAGAACCAGACUAAAUUCACACUCGUGCAACAAUGUAUUGUAAUUUGUAUUUCACUGAGGCCUGUUUACAAGCAGAGUGACCCUCUGUGACUUUCUUAGGGUGUUGUAUGAACAUACAGUUUGACUAUCCGGUCAGGUUCCAAGUCAGAUAUCUGAGCUGUGCUUUGAUCCCCUCCGGCUGCCCCCACCUUUCUUUCUAUUAGCAGUUACAACACAAUCUGAUUUCUAGGAUUUCAGAAGCGGGCAUUCAGGACGGCAGGUAGUUGUCAACAAGAGCUGGAUGACGGCAUUAUGAAGAUCAAGGACUUAAAGCUUUUCUUUAUUAACUGAGGUGACAUUGGUUUAUAACAUAAAUUUCACAUAUGCAACACUGUAUUUUGACUUCGGGAUACACUACAGUGUGCUCACCACCAAAGGCUGAGUUUCCAUCUGCUGCCAUACGGCUGACCCCUUUACCCGUUUUGUCCCCAGCGGUGGCACUUUUCUUGGGGAGUGAUCCGUCCCUAACACAGUUUACACUGGACAGAAUAUUGUGGCAAAUGGUCAUCUAGCUGCCCCCCCCCCAGCCCCCAUUUACGUAGGCCUUGAUUUAAAGUCUGGAAAGAUUGUCCAGGGCCUUCUGUAAGGUCUGAUGACCAAGAAGGCAGACUUUGGU